UUAUCAGUAAAAUAUCGAAACCUACAUCUAAUUGUAAAUGUCUGAAAAUGGCAUCAAGAAAUGAUGAUUUUUUGCUGGUUGCGGCCAUUGACUUCGGGACAGCCUAUUCAGGUUAUGCCUUCUCUUCAAGAACAGACUUCAAAAGGGAUCCUCUCAAUGUGUCGGCGAACACAUGGACGGGGGCGACUCUCAUGUCCCUCAAGACGUCCACGUGUGUGCUCUUCGACAAGAAGAAGCAGUUCAAGGAGUUUGGGUUCGCGGCGGAGGACGAGUACGGAAACCUUGCUGAGGAGGGUGAUGAACACAGGAAUUACUACUUUUUCCGGCGCUUUAAGAUGAUGCUCUACAACAAAAUGACGCUGAAGCGGCGAUUCAUGCUGGAAGACGAACUCGGGAAGAAGAUGCCGGCCAUGGACGUCUUCUCGGCCUGCAUCCGCUACCUUCGCGAACACCUGAUGAAGCGCGUGCAGCAGCAACUUCCGGAUGUGAAGGACGAUGAGAUUCGCUGGGUGCUCACUGUCCCGGCCAUCUGGAACGAUGUUUCCAAACAGUUCAUGAGGGAAGCCGCGGAGCAGGCGGGUAUGGUCGGAGAUAGCCUGAUAAUGGCCCUGGAACCGGAAGCCGCCUCUCUGUGCUGCCGCUACCUGCCCAUGAACACCCUUAAGGGUUCAAGCCGGUUCAUGCCCUUCCGGCCGGAAACCAGAUACCUUGUAUUUGACGCUGGUGGCGGUACGGUAGACAUUACGGUGCACGAGGUGAAGGCGAGCGGGUCUCUGAAGGAGCUGUACAAGGCGAACGGGGGCAACUGGGGAGGCACAUACAUCGACAAGGCCUUCCAUGAGCUGCUCGCAGACAUUGUCGGUAACGACGUCAUGGCUGACUUCUCCGAGAAUAAGAUGAUGGAUAACAUCGACCUGUUCCGCGAGUUCGAGGUCAAGAAGAGAAGCUUCAGCAACCAGAUGUCAGAGAAAAUUACAAUCAAGGUCCCCAUUGCGCUCAACGAAAUGUUUAAAGAGAAAACAGGGAAGAAUAUCAAAGAUCAUGUCAACAGUUUGCCGCGCUACAAGGACAAAUUGCAAUGGGUUGGGGAUAAAAUAAGAAUGGAGGCGAGCAUUGCAAAGGGGCUUUUCAACGACGCAUGCCAGUCAGCAGCAGAGCAUCUCAAAUCACUCUUCUCGCUGCCGGAAGUGAAAAGUGUCGACACAGUUCUGAUGGUCGGCGGUUUCUCUGAGUCGCCAAUCCUACAAGACCUCAUACGGAAAGCUGUUGAAAGUUUGCCUGAUAAGAAGAAGCUGAUUGUUCCAAAGGAUCCCGGACUGGCCGUACUAAAGGGCGCCGUCAUCUAUGGCCACGAUCCUUCUGUCAUAGAGGAGCGGAAAUGCAGGUACACAUACGGCGUCGGUACUUCUUUUCCUUUCAAAAAGGGCGUGCAUCCAGAACAAAAGAAGGUCGUCAAUAGUAAUGGCGAAGAAUUUUGCGGGGGAAUGUUCGACGCCCAUGUGAAAAUCGGCCAAGAGGUGGUCCGUGGGGAAAGUCAAGCAACCCGCUCGUACAGGCCAAUAAAGGAUACCCAAACUGAAAUUGAAUUCCAGUUUUUCGCCACAACGGAUCCGGAACCGACGUUCACUAGCGAUCCCAACUGUACGGAUAUUGGAAAGCUUACUAUUGAUGUGCCCGGGUCGGGUCUCGACCGCUCAGUAAGCAUCAAAAUGAUCUUUGGAGACACAGAGAUGCAUGUUGAAGCUGUCGCUAAGGAUGAGAAAUCAAACAAAUCAAGCAAAGUAAAAGCGGCUUUGCAUUUCCUCGGCUAACAGAUCUACUCUUUGCUUUUGUUUCACUUUAGAUGUGAAAAUCAAAUAGAAGAAUUGUGAAACAAAUAAACCAACAAACAGUAACCUAGGAAUGACGUUAAAACAGGCAGUGGUUGCUCAGUGAAAAUCUGUUUUUAUUAAGAUCGUUUAAUUCAUGAUCGUUCUUGUAUACCGUUAGUCCCUGUUUGUAUAUAAACAUUUUUUCGCUUGGGUAUUUUUUAUUUGAUAUAUUUUUAUCAUGUUUUGGACUAUAUGUGCUCAUUAUAAUCGGUUACUUGUACAUGUUUAAUUCUAUAUACUAGUCUGUGCUGCGUUUAGAACCGGGAUUUUGUAUUCGGAUCGAGAAUUUUUCAGAUCCGAAUUUAAGAGGCGUGAACCGAUUGAAAUCAAAAUCUGCAACAAUUAUCCUGACCACCACAGUGGUUGUUGCAGAGAAUUUUUACACACACACACACACACACACACACACACACACACACACACAUAUAUAUAGAUAAUCAUGAAUUAUAAAAGACUGCAGCAAGGGUAGAAAUGCUCCGUCGUGAUUUACAUAUUGAGCGUAGUCGAUACAUCACUAUAUGAACAAGACCUAAUACACUGAACCUGAAUAACACUUUUUAUUGAUAUGGCAAAAUUAUUCCGACUGACUUAAGAGCCAAAUAGAUAUAUAUAUAUAUAUAUAUAUAUAUAUAAGAUAUAUUUUAACACAUGCUCAAAGGCAAAAAAAUGUCAAUAAUUAUGUGAAAACUCCAAAGACCAACUGGCAACUCUGAAUUUAACUUGUCAAAAUGUAUUUGUCAUGCAAACGCCUGAAUUAGCUAAUAGUUGUGUUGGCGUUUAUUCAUAACCAUGAAUACGAGUAUUAGUUUGCUCUCUUGUAAAAUUGUUCGAUCUUGCCUAGGACCUAGGUCCGUGAUACUGCUUAAAUGCAUGCAUUUGCAAUAGUUGUCUUUGCUCUAAAGCAUGUUUAAAUGUUUUAUGCAAUAAACUGAGUUGUGUUGA